AUGGAGGACAGUUUCAACACCAAACCAUCAGCAUCUACCUUUACUCUUCAGAGUUCCUCAGAGACAAUGGUUUCUAUCCAGCUCCUCGAUUUCAGAACAAGUUUACUUGAAGCACUAGAAGAGCUGCGUAUGAGAAGGGAAGCAGAGACUCAAUAUGAAGAGCAGAUUGCUAAAAUUAUUAUGGAGACACAAGAACUGAAAUGGCAAAAGGAGACUCUUCAGAAUCAAAAGGAGGCAUUAAUAAAGCAACACAAAGAAGCAAUGGGAGUUUUUAAAAAUCAGCUGCAAAUGAAGAUGUAUGCCUUGGAAGAAGAAAAGGGAAAAUACAAACUUGCUACAGAAAUCAAAGAAAAAGAAAUAGAAGGAUUGAAGGAAACAUUAAAAACACUACAGGUUUCUCAAUAUUCUUUACAGAAGAAAGUGAGUGAAAUGGAGCAAAAGGCUCAUUUACACCAUCUAGCUAAAGAAGAUUAUCACAAGCAACUCAAUGAAAUUGAAAAAUACUAUGUUACAAUAACAAAUCAGUUUGGAUUGGUGAGAGAGAAUCACGUAAAGUUAGAACAAAAUGUACAAGAAGCAAUACAGUUAAACAAAAGACUCUCCACCUUAAAUGAAAAACAGGAAUCUGAAAUUCACAGUUUAAAGAAGGAACUAAAGAAAGCAGCUUCAGAGCUAAUUAAGUCCAAGGUCACAUGUCAGCAUAAGAUGGAGGGAGAGAGUAUAGAUCUAAUAAUUAAAGAACAAAAAUAUGAAGAGCUUCAAGAAAGACUCAACGUGGAAUUGGAAUUAAAUAGAAAAAUUAAUGAAGAGAUUACCCACAUUCAAGAAGAAAAGCAGGACAUCAUCAUUUCUUUUCAACAUAUGCAGCAAUUGCUUCAGCAAGAGACUCAAGCUAAUGGUGAAGUCAGGGCAGAAUUGAAGGUGCUGAGAGAAAAGAAUCAGACCCUUGAAAGAGAUAAUGAGCUGCAAAGGGAGAAGGUAAAAGAAAAUGAAGGAAAGUUCCUUAAUCUUGAGAAGGAGCAUGAGAGAGCACUAGGAACUUGGAAGAAACAAGUUGAAGAACUUAGUGGAGAAAUGAAUAGGAUUAAAAGUGAGUUGUCAUCCCUUAAGGAGACCCAUGUUAAGUUGCAAGAACAUUACAACAAAUUAUAUGAACAGAAUAAAAAUGAGGAAUGUAAGAAGUUUCAGAAUGUUCCAGAACUAAAUAAUGAAAAUGGUGAUGAACCAUCUAGCAAAAAAUCAAAAAAUAACAUCGUACAAAAGUACAAUUCUGGUCAAGAAAUAUGGGGGGAAAAUACAAAGAGUUGUUUGGAUACUGAAUACAGGGAAAGAGAAGAAAAGAAAGACCUACCUGUAGGGAAAACUGCAGAAGAUUUACAGCCUCUUGAAAUAAGUGCCAAAAGUGAAAUUAAUACUAUGAUAUCUCAGGAGAGAAACCAAAGUGGAAUGUCCCCACACAAAGUCCUUUGCCUAGAUAAAGAUGUAAAUGACCAAGAACAAACCUCAAAUGUUACUGACAGUAGAAAAUCAACCCCCGUAGAAGUAAAAGACAAGCUGUGCUUGGAAAAAGCCAGUGGAUGUUCAGAGUUUAAAUCAUUGAACAAUUUCUUUUUAGUGGUAGAUGAAUUACUAGAAACAGAAAAGAUAUGCCUAGAAGGAACUGAAGGAUUAGGUCUUCCCCACAGAGCUGUAGAUGUACCUCUGGACACUCGGAGUAGCAAAGCAUCCUUUAAUGGCGUAUCAAAUGAGAUGGCUCACAAAAGAAACCAUCACACAGAUGCUUCUGAAAGCAACCCAUUCAAACAUCAAUUCAAAUUGCUUCCAGCAGAUCUGGAAAAUGCUACAGAGAAGGAAAUUACAAAUCAUGACCAAAACAAAGCAGGCUUAGAUUCACUUCUAGAUAUAAAGCUAAAUCUUGAUCUGUGUAAGAAACAUGGUUUACAGGAUUCACGUAAUGUUAUGUUAGAUGUUAAGUACCAAAAAAUAAAACAAAUGUUAAGAGAAGAGUGUCAGUGCAGCAUAGAGCCCUGCUCUUGUUAUCAUUCAGCCAGUGAGACUCCCCAGCCUGGAGCAACCGCGGCCUGUGCUGCAGUAAUCGGUCCAUCUGGUCCAUCUGCUAGCCCUGGUAACGAUUCGACAGUCCUUAAGAAACCGGAACACAGUGUCAGUACCCUGCUAACAGCAGUGAAACUUUCCUCAAGCCCUGCAGAAAGAACUACAAGAACAAAUGUAAAUGACAUACAAAACAGUCCACUUAAGAACCAUUCGGGAACUUCCGAAAGCAGUGUGGGCAUCACAGACUUUCAGUUUAGCCCAGGGGACAGUCAUGCUCCACAAGCCCAAGAUUUCAAAACUGCAGUUCCCCUGACAACUUCCACCGAAAAACAGCUUCCCAGUGAGAAUCAGAUAACUGAAGCUCCAGAAAGUGGUCUCUUUUCCUUGGUAGGUGUUAAGGAAAGACAAUGUAUGCUGAUAAAUAACAGAGAGAAAGCAGAGGCAUUAAAUGACAUCCUGUCAGAAGAAACAUGCUAUGAAGGUCAGCUGGAAGAAGCACAUUUGUCUCAUGUAACUCCAUCUGCAGACUCAGUAAACACAAGUCCAAGGUCAGCCUUUGAUCUUCCUACUCCAGAUAAAGAAAGGGAGAAAACUCCAGGCUACAUGAAGUUUGUAGCCCCUAGUCCUAGGCCAAAAAUAAACCAAACUCAAACCGCAGGCACUGUAACUUCCAGCAUCCCUUCAUUGCUGAAGGAGAAACCAGUAGGUGUGUCAGAAAACAGAGUGAUUGCUCCAGUGACCUUUUGUAAAAAUGAUGAUCUGGAUGACACUAGGAAAAACAUUGGGUCAGAUCCUAUCAGCACUAGCAGAGUUGCUGACACUGUGAGUAACUGGAGCAUCCAUCUAGAUCCCAAGGGACAGCCCAGUGAAGAGAGGAAUGCAACUGCACAGACGGUUCAUGAUUCUUCUUUUCCCACAGAACAUGGGAAAGCAGAGCCUUUGACUUCAACUGUGCAACAAAGCCAUUCCCAGACGAGCAAGGUUACAGACACCCUGGAUCCAUUCACCUUCUGUCCUGGUAAGAAAGACUGGCAGAGCCUUGUGAUGAACCAACUAACUGAAAUUGGAAAGUUACUAAGCUUAGAAAAUGACAACCAGCCCAAAAGACGAAAAGUAGAAGAAAUGCUGGAUAAAGUAAUUGAUUAAGUAUUGAUAAAUGCUCUCAUUAGUG